GCAGGAGUUCCUCACUAGACUGUGGUUUGGGACUUGGUAGGGUCAUCAACUGUAGUUAGCUUGGCUCCUCACCAGUUGAGGGAGUUAUACAUUUGAAUGAAUCUUCCGGUCGUCAUUUUUGAAAGAAAGAAAGGGGCAACCCGUUUUUCUCUGUUCCCCUACAGUUUGCUGGUACUCGCUAUCAUAAACCCCACGUCUGAUGAAAUCGUUUGAUGAGGGCCGGUCUGAGGGGAUGCUGCUCUCCCCUUGCCGGCAGAUAAUGUUCGCUGUGAGGAGGAAGAACCGCCCCCUCCGCUCCUGUCCUCCCGACGGGGAUUACUGCCGUUGUGUUAGCUAUUACUCGGAGGAGCUGUUUGAACAGUGGGACGGAGAGGGAGCUAGAGACUCUUCCCCAGCUCCAGCUGCCAUCCUACUCCUGCUCCUCCCCCUCCCCCUCCCCCUCCUCCUCCUCCUCUUCCACCAGAACCACUUCUCUUUCUCAUCACAUCCAGAGCAUUUUGGAGAUGUGAGGAUAAGGAAGAGAUCGGUGACAUUGAGCAGCCUGUGCAUUGACACGACCUCUUGACCUCAUCUUCAGCAUGAAUGGUGAUAUGCUUCAUGUCCCCAUCACUACUCUUGCUGGAAUUGCUAGCCUGACAGACCUGUUGAACCAGCUGCCCUUGCCUUCUCCUCUCCCUGCCACCACUGCUAAAAGUCUUCUCUACAAUGGAAGGAUCUCUGAAGAGGUCAGCAGCCUGCUGGUGUGUCCGGACGAGAAUCUGGUGACUCAGCUGGCACAUAGCCUUAACCAGGUCUCCACAGAACACAUAGAGUUGAAGGACAACUUGGGGAAUGAUGAACCCGAGGGUGACAUGCCAGUGCUUCUACAAACUUUGCUGUCCAGGAACCCAAAGAUCUUCAGGGACAAAAGUGUAAUGCAGCAGCCAAUGAUGCAACAAUAUAAGAUAUCUCAGAAUCAGGUGCAUGGGAGUCCAGCAACAAAUUAUCAGCAAACCACUGUCCCUCAAAGUCCCUCUGGAUGUUUUACAUCCGCACAGUCUGGGUCAGCUACUCGGUUCGUACCCCAGCAGAACAGCCCUAUACCUAGUCCCUAUACUCCUCAGAGUCCUGCAGAUUACAUGCAGUUCAAUCCACCCAGUUAUUCCCAACACCAACAGCAAGUUGCUGGUGGUGUGAGAAAUAGCCAUGACAACAAGGUCUCUGGACAGCUGUCAAGUAAUUCAUCUAAUCAUAAUGCAAGACUAGGCUCAGAUGAAGAAUAUAUGAACAUUGCCCACAGACUGGGAAAUGAGCAGCAGAAUGACCCCUCCAUGAGGGCGGCCGCAUUUCCAGUUAAAUCACCACAGUCUGUGUGUUCCCCUGCUGGGAAUGAAGAGACUGCAAAAACAGGGCCCAGACCUCCUCUUAUCAGGCAUUCACUUCCACCUGACGUGCCACCAGGUGCAGCACCUGACCUGCUCCUCACUUCCGCUGACCGCAAAAAGAAGCAGAGGGAAAGGGGCGAAGAGGAAAAUGAACAGAUGGACAAAAAUGCCUUGUACGACAUUGUCAGCUCUCCAUCAAAAGACUCUGCCAGGCUGACUUUAAAACUGUCCCGAGUGAAGAUUCCAGACAUGGAUCAGUCUGGAGAUCAACUUCCUCCCAGGGCACAUAUGGACUCAAACCACGAAACUGAUUUGAUGAAUAAUAAUCAGCUGUCAAGAGAUGCCCACGACUUGUCACACAGGUUUGGUGCUGAGGAGCAGGUAAACUGUCAGCAGGUUCCCCUUCGGCCAAAUACCAAGGAGAUCGGAGUCAGUGUGGCUGGGUACGACGACGCCGAGAUAGAUGCUCUUGCAGAGAUUGACAGAAUAGAACGCGAGUCAGCUGGUGAGAGAGAACGAUGGUCUAAAGAAGUCCAGGAUAAAGACAAACCGCUGAAGAAACGGAAGCAAGACUCGUAUCCUCAGGAAUCUGGAGCCGAGGCGAGUGAUGGGCCUGCCGUACAAGGGGGCAACACCAGCAGCAAAGUGACACCCAAGAAGACAAGCGCCGCAAGUAACGGUGCCAGUCGGCCUGCUUUGAUGGUCAGUAUCGAUCUGCAGCAAGCUGGCAGAGUGAUAGGACAGCCCGUAGUGGUAUUGGAAGCACGGCAGUUGUGUGAGGACCACCUACAGCAUCUGAAGUCAAAGGCUGAUACAAAGGCAGACAAAGUGGUUGAAAACAAACCUGGGAUCAAUAAGCAGCAUGCCGACUAUCCCAGAAAGUCCAGCUCAGAUGGGCAACCAGAAAUCCCAAAACAGAAGCAGGAAAGCCGGCGGGAAUCCAAACACAGACACGAUGGCAAGAUGGACAGUGGCAAGGGACACUCGGAUGACAGACGACCAGACACACCACGGCAGAAACACGACAGGCAUUCAGACACACGCCACAAAGAGGAAAAGAACCACAACAGUCACCGGUCCCACGUCAGCCAACCCGAGACUCCAAAAACCAUGAGCAAGGCCGAGCGGAACUCCAAACAUGGAGAAGACAAAGGCAGGGAUAGGGAAAAGGAUAAGGACAGAGACAGAGAUAGAGACAAAGAUAGAGAUAGAAAUAGAGAUAAAGAGAGAGAUAAAGAUAAAGAUAGAGACAGAGACAGAGACAGAGAUAGAGAUAAAGAUAAAGAGAGAGACAGAGAUAAAGAUAAAGAAAGAGACAGAGACAGAGAUAAAGAGAGAGACAGAGAUAGAGAUAAAGAGAGAGACAGAGAUAGAGAGAGAGACAGAGAUAAAGAGAGAGACAGAGAUAAAGAGAGAGACAGGGACAGAGAAAGAAAACACAAGACACUGUCAAGGGAAAACUGCAAUAGACACUCUCCCGACCGUCAUUCUAAAUCCGACAGCCCGAGAGUGAAGCAUGACGGGAACAAAAAACCCACUGACCUCAAUGGUCGUCAGAGGACAGACAGUUCCACCCUCCAAAACCCCCAACAUAAAAAAGAAAAGAAAAAUGUAGGAGGUAACAUUAGAUGCCAAGCUGGAAACAAACAGCAGUCUGCUGAGACGAAACCCAGCGAGUUUCCUUCGUACCUGUUGGGUGGCAAGACUGGGAGUCUGAAGAACUUUGUGAUUCCUAAAUUGAAACGAGACGGGAGAGCCAAAGAGCCGCAACUUUCAGGCAAGCUGAUAGAGGGCUGGAGUGAACCCCUUAUCAGACUGGAGAGAGUGUCACUGGUCGAGAACUUAAACAAAGGAGCCAAACCUGUCGUCGUGCUUCAGAAACUCAGCGUCGAUGAGGUAAAGAGGAUCAUCAGGGAAAGCAGGAAUGCACACAGCUCCAGACCGGGGAACUGGUCCUCCUUUGAUAAAUCAGGGAGAGAGAUGUCAUUUGGUGAGAAGGCAAACAAGCGAAGGCACAGCAUGAUCAGUAAGAAAUCCAAGUACGCAGAGGUGGACUCUGAUGAAGAUGAUGAUGAUGACUCUGACAAUAAGUCUGCGAGGAAAAGGUCCAAGAAAGACCAUGACAAGACAUGGAAGCACGAAGAGAGGAAAGGUUCUGGAGAGCACCGUCGAAGCCAGGGUUCUGGUAGCCGGCAUCGUGAAUGGGGCGCGGAUGAAUCUGAUGAAGGCACUCCACCUCCAAGCCUCAGUGAUGUUGCCAGAAAAUUGAAGAAAAAGGAGAAACAGAAAAACAGGAAGUCAUACGAUCCCAAGUUGGCACCAGAGGAAAAGAUGGACUCCUCCACAUUUAAGAGAUUCACAGCCAGCGUGGAUAACAUUCUUGAGAACCUUGAGGAUGUGGACUUCACUGCGGCAGAUGAUGAUGAGAUACCUCAAGAGCUCUUGCUUGGAAAGCACCAGUUGAGCGAACUAGGCAGUGAUUCUGCGAAGAUUAAAGCUAUGGGCAUUUUUAACAAGUUUUCAUCUAGUAAACUGGUGAAAAUAUUGAAUAUCCUUGAGAAGAACAUUCAGGACAGCGUCAAACUUUCCACACUGAUGAGUCAUAUUAACGAUUCCAUGGAUGAGGAACGGUUGUGGCGCGACCUUAUCAUGGAACGGGUGACCAAGUCUGCCGAUGCCUGUCUGACUGCACUCAACAUCAUGACAUCUCCGCACAUGCCCAAGGCUGUGUACAUAGAGGAUGUGAUUGAGAGGGUGUUGCAAUACACCAAGUUCCAUCUGCAGAACACUUUGUAUCCCCAGUAUGACCCGGUCUACAGAGUUGAUCCCCAUGGAGGCGGUGUGCAUACUUCAAAGUCCAAGAGAGCAAAGUCUUCCACCCACAAACAGAAAGUGGUAGUUAUGCUCUACAACAAAGUGUGCGAUAUCGUCAGCGGCAUCUCAGAGCUCCUGGAGAUCCAGCUGCUAACUGACACCACAAUCCUCCAGGUGUCCACCCUGGGUAUUACACCGUUUUUUGUGGAGAGUGUCAGCGAACUGCAGUUAUGUGCCAUCACACUAGUGACAGCGGUCUUCUCUCGGUACGAGAAGCACAGGCAGCUCAUUCUCGAGGAGAUCUUCACCUCCCUUGCUAGACUGCCUACUAGUAAACGCAGCCUCAGGAACUUCAGGCUAAACAGCAGUGAUUCGGAUGGAGAGCCCAUGCAUAUCCAGAUGGUCACAGCCCUGGUUCUUCAGCUCAUCCAGUGUGUGGUACACCUUCCCUCUGAGAGAGACGCAGAGGAUGAACAUAAUAAGAAGGUGGAUAAAGAUGUCUUUAUCACAAACUCUUAUGAAACUGCCAUGAGGACAGCUCAGAACUUCCUGUCAGUGUUUCUCAAGAAGUGUGGCAGUAAGCAGGGAGAGGAGGACUACAGGCCUCUGUUUGAGAACUUUGUUCACGACCUCCUGUCCACGGUCAACAAGCCUGAGUGGCCUGCAGCUGAACUCCUGCUCAGUUUACUGGGUCGGCUUUUGGUGCAUCAGUUCAGUAACAAGCAGACAGAAAUGGCACUCAGGGUGGCAUCACUGGACUACCUCGGCACCGUUGCUUCUCGCCUGCGCAAAGAUGCCGUCACUAGCAAGAUGGACCAAAAGGCUAUCGACCGCAUCCUCAAAGAGACUCCAGGCAGUGAUGAGAUCCAGCAACUGCAGAAGGACUUACUAGACUACCUGGAUGAGAACAUCGAGACAGCUCCAUCACUAGUGUUUGCCAGGAAAUUUUACAUCGCCCAGUGGUACAGGGACACAACAAGUGAGGCGGAGAAAGCGCUGAAGUGUCAAAAUGAGAAUGAUGAGAACUUGAAAGGUCGCUGUCAUUCCAAGGAUGUCGACUUUACCGGAGAGAUUAUGCAGAGAGCCGAGGCACGAAAGAAAUUCCUUCGCAAGGUCAUCAAGACUCCACCAUUGCAUUUCAGUUCUCUGAGGAUAAACACUAUAGACUAUGAGGACUCCUGUCUGAUAGUCAGAUAUUUGGCCUCUAUGAGGCCGUUUGCACAGAGCUUUGAUAUUUAUUUAUCACAGAUUCUGAGAGUAUUGGGUGAGAGUGCGAUUGCAGUCAGAACUAAAGCCAUGAAGUGUCUGUCUGAAGUAGUGGCUGUGGAUCCAAGUAUUCUGGCACGGUUGGAUAUGCAGCGAGGAGUUCAUUGUCGCCUCAUGGACAACUCCACCAGUGUGCGAGAGGCAGCUGUGGAGCUGCUGGGCCGUUUCGUACUAAGUCGACCUGAGCUCAUUGAGCAGUACUAUGACAUGCUCAUUGAAAGGAUAUUGGACACAGGCAUCAGUGUAAGGAAGAGAGUCAUUAAGAUCCUGCGGGAUAUUUGCCUGGAGCAACCAGACUUCCACAAGAUCACUGAGAUGUGUGUCAAGAUGAUCCGAAGGGUCAACGAUGAGGAGGGGAUCAAGAAAUUGGUGAAUGAGACGUUCCAGAAACUUUGGUUCACCCCCACACCCAGCCAUGACAAAGAUGCCAUGACCAGAAAGAUCCUGAACAUAACAGAUGUGGUGUCGGCAUGUAAAGAUUCAGGCUAUGACUGGUUUGAGCAGCUCCUCCAAAAUCUGCUGAAGUCAGAGGAGGACGCUUCUUACAAACCUGCCAAGAAGGCCUGUGUUCAGCUCGUGGACAAUCUCGUGGAACACAUUCUGAAAUAUGAGGAGUCACUUGCAGACUGUGAGGACAAAGGGGUCAACUCAGGUCGUCUGGUAGCAUGCAUCACCACUCUCUACCUGUUCAGCAAGAUCAGAGCACAGUUAAUGGUUAAACAUGCCAUGACUAUGCAGCCCUACCUGACCACUAAGUGCAAUACUCAGAAUGACUUCAUGGUGAUAUGCAACGUGGCCAAGAUCUUGGAGCUGGUCGUGCCUCUGAUGGAGCACCCAAGUGAGACUUUCCUCACUACCAUCGAAGAAGACCUGAUGAAGCUAAUCAUCAAAUACGGCAUGACAGUUGUACAACACUGUGUGAGCUGUCUUGGUGCUAUUGUGAACAAGGUCACACACAACUACAAGUUUGUUUGGGCUUGUUUCAAUCGUUACUAUGGAGCUCUGGCAAAACUGAAGACACAGCACCAAGAGGACCCCAGCAGCUCCACUCUGGUGGCUAACAAACCCACUCUCCUGCGCUCACUGUUCACCGUGGGGGCUCUCUGUCGACACUUUGAUUUUGACCAAGAGGAGUUCAAGGGUACUACCAAGAUUGUCAUCAAGGACAAAGUGUUGGAGCUUCUGCUGUACUUCACCACUCAUGAAGAUGAAGAGGUCCAGAUUAAGGCCAUCAUAGGUCUAGGCUUCCAGUUCAUCAUGCACCCAGAGCUCAUGUUUGUGCAGGAUGUGAAGGUUCUGUACAACAGUAUCCUCUCUGAUGAGAGCAGCUUGGUCAAUCUGAAGAUCCAGGUGCUAAAAAACCUGCAGACGUACCUGCAGGAGGAGGACUCUCGGAUGCAGGAGGCUGAUCGGGAAUGGAAGAAGCAAGCCAAGCAGGAGGAUCUGAAGGAAAUGGGCGACAUCUCAUCAGGCAUGAGCAGCUCCAUCAUGCAGAUUUACCUGAAGCAGGUGCUGGAGUCCUUCUUCCACUCACAGUCCACUGUUCGGCACUUUGCCCUGAGUGUCAUCACACUGACUCUCAGCCAGGGCCUCAUCCAUCCUGUACAGUGUGUGCCCUACUUGAUUGCCAUGGGAACAGAUCCUGAGCCAACCAUGAAGAACAAGGCCGAUCAACAGCUGGUGGAGAUCGACAAGAAAUAUUCAGGGUUCAUCCACAUGAAGGCAGUCGCGGGGUUGAAGAUGUCUUACCAGGUUCAACAGGCCAUAAAUGGAGCCAAAGGCGCAGCAGUCCGAGGUUUUCGUCAUGACGACUCAGACUCUGCUCUCUGCUCUCACCUCUACACCAUGGUCCGUGGCAACCGACAGCACAGAAGGGCUUUCCUCAUUUCCCUGCUCAACCUGUUUGACGACAGCUCUAAAACAGAGGUGAACAUGCUGCUGUUCAUAGCAGACAACUUGGCCUGCUUCCCUUACCAGACACAAGAGGAGCCUCUCUUCAUCAUGCACCAUAUAGAUAUCACUCUGUCUGUCUCUGGUAGUAACCUUCUUCAGUCAUUCAAGGAGUCUUUACGGAAAGAGCCUGUACAGAAGGAGAAGAAGAUGAAGAUGAAAAAGAAGAAAAAGAAGAAGAAGCAGUCUCGGAGGAAGAAAUAUAGCUCUGAUGACGACAAUGACGAUGAGGAUGAAGAGCAGAGCCGCAGCAGCUCUAGCAGCAGCAGCAGCAGCAGCAGCAGCAGCAGCAGCGACGAGGAUGAUGAGGUGGUGCGCAGGAAAAAGAAAUCUGCAGUUUCCGAUUCCGACUCUGACAUGGAAGACGAGGACGCGGUGAUGGACCGUCUACCUGGAAACCCCAACCCUCUGCUGGACUUUGCCAGCGCUUCACAGGGUAUUUUGCUGCUGCUGGUACUCAAACAACAUCUGAAGAAUCUGUAUGGCUUCUCCGACAGCAAAAUCCAGAAGUAUUCUCCUACGGAGUCUGCAAAAGUGUACGACAAAACAGUGAACAGGAAAGCUAAGGUGCACUUCAACCCACGUCAAACACUGGACUACCUGAAGAGUGAUCUAGCCAACACGGAGCUCAGCUAUGAGACCAAGAGGAACAUUGUGAAACAGUAUUUGGAUUUCAAGGUACUGAUGGAGCACUUGGAUCGUGACGAGGAGGACGAAGAAGGCGAAGCAAGUGCCAAUGCCAGAAACAAAGCCAUUACUUCACUUUUGAGGGGCCCAAAGCUCCAGAACCACAAUCACAAUAAUCACUCCGCUCCGGUGGAGACAGAUGAGGAGGACAGUGAGGAUGACGAUCCACCUGCACGGAAACCAAGGAAAGGCAGGGAGUCCGCAGAGGAUUCGGGUCGCAUGAAUGACACCGUGGAGGCCAUGGACGUCGUUGCCAUCUGCUGUCCCAAAUACAAAGACAGACCGCAGAUUGCCAGGGUCAUCCAGAAGACCAAAUCUGGCUACAGUAUACACUGGAUGACUGGGUCUUACUCUGGGCCCUGGGCUGUGGCAAAGAAACGGGACGGUCGCAAAAAGGUGCCUUGGGUUGACAAUAUCAAGGAGUCAGACAUUAUUUAUAAGAAAAUCUCCUUGACAAGCGGACAAAAGCUCACGAACAAAGUGGCACACACGUUACGGGCGCUAUAUGCUGCCAAGGAGGGGACUAAGAGUUAAUCAACUGAAAUUACUCAGACAGAAAUCCCUCACAGCCCAAAUCUUUGUGGAUCCAAUAUGUUACAAACAGAGAGAAGACAAAACCUCUUUAGAUUUCUGGACCUGCGAAAACAAGUAUUGUGAACACUGAUCUGUUUGAAUACGGACAUGUUUAAGUUAACCACAGGAAAAAUACAAGAAGGAAAUGUUUGGGAAAACAUUGUGUGGGAGUUCCUUCGCUGUUGUGCAGCAACUUGGUUGUUUGAUUUUUACUCCCACUGUACCAUAGUUUAACUAAACACAUGUUUAUAUCUGAACAUAAUUCUGUAAAAAAAAAUAAAGUGAAUGUUGGAAAUUAGUGUAUUGAUGAUGUUCUUAAUAAAGUGUUUUUGGAGUUUAAACUAGCACCAGAUGGAUUUAUUCACUUGACCUGAGCUCCAACAACUUUUAACUGCUUUCUUUUUUCUUGUUUAAACAUUUUAUUGUUUACCCACACUGUGUAUAUCUUUGAUAUAAUUUAUUUAUGUUAAAAGCAGUGCAGUAUCUGUGCCUAUAUGCAGGGGAAGUUAUGUUGUUUUUAAUAUAGAUUUUGAUGUUAUAGAACAAAGAUUUUGAAAAAAAGUGAGCCCCCGCUCUUCUGGUGGAACAAAUACUGCAAUAAAAUUUUCUUAUGUCCUUGGUA